GCCGGGACCGCGCCGGGCCCGGCCGUCCGUCUUCCCGCCCGGGGCUGCGCCGGCCGCCGCACUUCCGGCGCGUCUUGCGUCAUCGCGCUGCGCCGCAGAGAGGGCCCGGCCGCCGUCAUGGUGCAGCUCGGCAGCCGCCUCCUGAAGAGCUACCGCGGCGGGCACGUCGUGAUCCGCUUCGCUCUCGGAGGCUGCGCCAACCGGCCCUUCUUCCGCAUCGUGGCAGCGCACAGCCGCCGCGCCCGCGACGGGAAGUACCUGGAGCAGCUGGGCUGCCUCGACCCGCUGCCCAACGCCCACGGCGAGAGGGUGGCGGGGCUCAACCUGGAGCGGCUGCGCCACUGGCUGGGCUGCGGCGCGCAGCUCUCCCGGCCCGCGGAGAAGCUCCUGGGUCUGGCGGGGUUUCUGCCGCUCCACCCCAUGACGGUGACCGGCGCCGAGAGGCUGCGGCGGCGGCGGCGAGCGCAGGAGGCUGCCGCGGACGGCUCGCCCGGGCCCGGUGACGCACCCUGAGAGAGUCCCCAGCCGAGGGGCGGCCCAGGACGACGCCGGCCC